UCGUCAUUUAGAGAGCGCGAGCUCUGUCUGACACUCAGUCUACUUGCUCAUAGUACUAUUCCAAAUUAAAAAAAAAUAUUAUCCUAUAGAAACUCCUCUGUGAUACACUUGAUCUCGUAAUUCAAAAAUGGAAUUCCUCACACGCAAAGUCAAAUCUAACGGCCAGUUUGACAAACGUCAGUUGAAUGGCGCGGGCGAUCUAUCCAGGCAUAAGUCGAGCGAGACCGCAAUGAGUCCAGCGCCCCCCGCGCCUCGAGACAAAAGCGGCGCGCCGUACGCUUCCUCCAAACAGUCGCUCGCUGCUGCCGGCCGGACUUGUACGUACGACAUGGAACGCGAUCGCAUCGGUGUGUGGGGCUCCGGGGACGGACAGUCCAACAGCAAACUGUCCGGGCUGGAUCGUCUGAAGCAUCCCGGACUUAACAAGGGCAUGGCGUUCACGAUCGAGGAGCGCCAGGCGAUGGGCAUUCACGGGCUGCUGCCGCCCAGGGUGAAGAGCCAGGAGGAGCAGGUUCAGCUGUGCAAGCUAUCCAUCGACAGAUACGCGGACCCGCUCAACAAGUACAUCUACCUCAUGGGACUACUUGACCGCAACGAGCACCUGUUCUAUCGCUUCGUGGGCGAGAACGUGGCGGAGAUGAUGCCGAUAGUGUACACGCCCACGGUGGGGCUCGCGUGCCAGAAGUACGGCCUGGUGUACCGCCGCCCGCGCGGACUCUUCAUCACCAUCAACGACAAGGGGCACGUGUACGACAUGCUCAAGAACUGGCCGGAGACGGAUGUGCGAGCUAUCGUGGUGACUGACGGCGAGCGUAUCCUGGGCUUGGGCGAUCUGGGCGCGUGCGGCAUGGGCAUCCCCGUGGGCAAACUGGCGCUCUACACUGCACUGGCGGGCAUCAAGCCUCACCAGUGCUUGCCCAUCACUCUGGAUGUCGGCACGAACAGCCAGACGAUGUUGGACGACCCGCUGUACAUCGGUCUGCGGCAAAGACGCGUGCGCGGCGCAGCCUACGACGAGUUCAUCGAUGAGUUCAUGCAGGCUGUGGUGCGCCGCUUCGGACAGAACUGCCUCAUACAGUUCGAGGACUUCGCCAACGCCAACGCGUUCAGGCUGCUGGAGAAGUACCGCGGCAGGUACUGCACGUUCAACGAUGACAUCCAGGGCACAGCGGCGGUGGCGGUGGCAGGUCUGCUGGCCAGUCUGCGCGUCACCGGCAAGAGGCUGUCGGAAAAUGUCAUCGUGUUCCAGGGCGCUGGAGAGGCGUCGUUGGGUAUCGCGGAGCUGUGUGUGAUGGCGAUGAAGGCGGAGGGCACGCCGGAGGCGGAGGCGCGCGCACGCAUUUGGAUGGUGGACUCCAAGGGACUCAUCGUCAAGAACAGGCCCGAGGGAGGACUCAACGAACACAAGGAGAAGUUCGCCAAGGACUGCCCACCCAUCCGCACACUUGCUGAAGUCGUGAAUAUUGCCAAGCCGUCCGUACUUAUCGGCGCUGCAGCCAUCGGCGGCGCGUUCACGGCGGACAUCCUGCGCACGAUGGGCAACAACAACGAGCGGCCCGUCAUCUUCGCGCUCUCCAACCCCACCAGCAAGGCGGAGUGCACCGCUGAGGAGGCCUACUCCAACACUGACGAGCGCGCGAUCUUCGCGUCAGGCUCGCCAUUCCCGGACUACCGCACGAAGGACGGGCGCGUGCUGCGGCCCGGACAGGGCAACAACGCGUACAUCUUCCCCGGCCUCGCGCUCGGCAUCCUGUGCGCCGGCCUCGUCGACAUCUCGGAGGACUUUAUGCUGCUCGCUGCUGAGGCUCUCGCUGAAGUGGUGUCGCAAGAGAAUCUGGACCACGGCAGCUUGUACCCGCCGCUUGAAGACAUUCAGGAGUGUUCGGUCAGAAUCGCCAAGAAAGUCAUGGAACACGCGUACACUACUGGUAAAGCAUCAGUUCAACCACAGCCAAUCGAUAUGGAGGCGUUCAUUCGCGCGCAAAUGUACGACUCGGUGUACACGCCCGCUCUGCCGCCCGUGUACUCGUGGCCCGACGACUACAGCGGGCCGCAAGUGCACGCCAUGUAGACUGCCGCAGUAUGAGAACUUAUAGCGCCUCCCGUCUAUGACAUCCUGGUACUUGCGUCCUCAUACUCGAUCCAAGGUGAUAACAAAAAUGUUAAUUUAAAUCAAUAAAAAAAAAAUUAUGUAAUUUGGAUACAAAUACAGAUUGUCAUGAUUAUUUUUUUAAUAUUUUUUUUGUAUUUUUUUCUUGUUUUUAAAUCCAUACAUUAAAUGAGUAACCUGGGAUCAUUAUGUAGGAUGCAUAUUCGCUGCUGUAACUUAAAUAUAUCCUAUUUACUUAUUAAAAUUGUUGAAAAUUUUUGAAAACAAAUAAAAAAAAAUUAAGCGACAGCAGCGUUUUUUGGGACGUAUUAAGCAAUAUAUUUAUUAAUAUUUAAUGAUGUUACUGUAUUUAAUCUGUGUACCUAUAUAAAAGUUACCAAGGCUUAAAGCAGAGUGUCAAUAUAAUCGCGAUGAAGCAAUAAAAAUGUUCAUAGUGCAUUUCAUUUGACUUAAAUAUCUUUUGAUGCUACUGAAAAUGUUUGAAGGCAAUAUUUUUUAGCAAAUUUUAAUUUUGGAUAAUUGCCGCGAGUUGUUCAGAUGUAAAAUACGAUAAGCAAUUAAUAUUAAACGAAUUAGAAAAGUAAUGUAAUAAACAUUCAAAGACUUGGCAGUAGUGCAAUGCCAAGCUGUGACGCCGAAUCUAUUUUGAUUGUGAUAUGACGUGAUAUAUUUUUUACCUAAGUAUUUCUAUUCAAGUGUUGUAAAUUUUAUUUGAAUACAAGAAUAAAUUUAUUGCACGUCUACAAAUUUUGAUAUGAUGCGACGUGUAUGUACGUUUAUAUUUGUAAGUUAACGGCUAUGAUGAACAAAUAAAUUGUGAUGUGGGGAAAAAUUAUAUGAGCAAUACAUAGUCUUAUGUAUACCUAAGAAAUUAAUUUAUAUUAUUGACAAUUAGGCUACUUGAUCUUUGUCUAUUUAUAAAUGAGGAUAAUACAGUUGAACAUUCCAAUUUUUAAAUUUUAAUGUUUCUUUAUUUUAGUUAACUAUAUUAAAGUGUUAUAAAGGUUACACAAAAAUUUUAGUUUCAGUAAUAGGCGAUUUUAUUUGUCUUGAAAAAUUCGUAAAGCAUGAUGGAAAUAGACGUUAAAUUGCGCGAUUCCAAUGCUGUCGUAGAACUCAAAAUUAUUAAUAUUUUUUUUUUUUAUUCUUUCCCAUGGGGAAAAGGCAAAGGUAUUACACUGUACAGCCAUUCAAAAUUAUUAAUAUUAUGAUCGCUUAUAAAAUCUGUAUUGUAGGACCUUAUUCUGUGGUCAUCUCUCACGCCCGCGCGCGCCGGCUGCAUACAUCGGUCCUAAAACAAGUCCAAUUUGUGGAUUUAGAAGUACUUCUAGGACCAACAUGUCAAUUUCUAGAUUCAUACGUUGGACCAGUUGUCAUAAGGCCAACGUGUAUAGCCGGCGUUAUAAAAACGGCGCACAAAGUUAACGAUCAAACAUGAUUGACAAAGUUUCUUGUCAAAACUUGACUAUUUUAUUAGGUAAUGUUUGACAAUCUGCAAAAAAAUCCGGAGAAGAUCAAAUUGUUUGACAAACACGUUUGAUCGUUCACGGGGAGUGACAACAUCAGAUCACAAAGUCCAAUAUUACUUCAGCACAUUCAUUAAUAGUUCUGGUUUGUUUUUUAUAUGUAUAUAGUAACUAAAAUGUACUAUUUAUUUGUGAAGAGGUUUUGUGAUACGUUGAGGAGUUCAGAGACUAAUGCGCAAGUGAUUUAUUCAGAUUUGUUCAAUGUUUUUUUAAAUUUUUUUAUUGUUUCCUAACCAAUUUAUAAAUUGACAUUAAUUUAUUUUGUAUUAAAUUAUUUUCAAUGGCGAUGAACGUUGUAGGUUUAUUUGACAAAAAUGUUUGAAAUUGACGCAAUAUUGUUUUAAAUUUGUAAAAGGAUGAAAAUAAAAUGUCAUUAAUGCA